GGCGCUCUAGCCGCGGCGGCUGCCUCGCUGGUGAGGCGGAAGGGCGCGUCUCUGUGGUAACGCGGAAGUGCCAGGGGUCGGUGGCGGCGCGGGACGAGCCGGGCUGUGCCGGGCCGCGGUCACUUCGGCCUCCGCCGCCUCGGCCUCCUCCACCGCAGAUGGCGGCGGCGGAGACGCUGGUGCGCGGCCUGGCGCGGCUGCUGCAGGACGCGGGAGACCUCGUCUUGGACGGCUCCAGCACGCUGACGCUGCUCACCCCCACCCUGCAGCACCUCACGCAGGUCUUCGAGCAGCACCUGGGCUCCCGCAACCAGAACCGGGGCUUCGUGGCCCUGCCCUCACACCCUGCCGAGACCGCUGCCAUCCUCCAGGCACAGUUCCUCUUUGACGUCCUGCAGAAGACUCACUCCCUGAAGCUCGUUCAUGUUCCAAACUGUGUUUUGCAAUCUGCUGUGAAGAUCUUCCCUUUCAAGUCCCUCCGGCAUCUGGAGUUGAGGUCUGUCCCUCCACACUGCCUCCUGGGACUGCGAUUUGUCUAUUCUCAGCUGGAAUCUCUAACCUGUUGCAAAUGUAUCAGUACACUGGAGGAAAUCAUUUCAGCAUGCGGUGGAGAUUUGAGCUGUGCUCUCCCGUGGUUGGAACUGCAGACUGUGAACUUCAGCUAUAACUCGAUCACUACGUUGGAUGACUCGCUGCAAUUAUUGAAUGCUCUGAGAGUCUUGGAUUUGAGUCACAACAAGAUCCAGGAUUGUGAGCACUAUUUAACAACCCUUACAGAACUAGAGUACCUCAAUCUGGCUUACAACUUCCUGUCCAAGGUGCCAGACCUUGGCAUCUUCAGCCGAUCCAAGCUGGUGACUCUGAUCCUGCGCAACAAUGAGCUUGACAGCAUUAAUGGGGUUGAACAGCUAGUGAAUCUGCAGCACCUGGAUGUGGCCUAUAACCUGCUGCUGGAACAUGCCCAGUUGGCACCAUUGUCCACUCUGCACUGUGUAAAAAAAUUGUAUUUAGAGGGAAACCCAUUAUGGUUCCAUCAAAACCACCGAUCUGCAACCCUUGUACAUCUGUCUCCCAGGGCAGCCUCCUCCAAUUUCCUCUUGGAUGGGGAGCCACUCUCUUCCUCGGACCUAAUGCACCUUCCAAGGCUUGUGCAAAGUGUGUCUCAGUCCAUCCACACUUCUACCUCGGAGAAGACAGCACUGGACCGCAGUGCUCUGGACAGUUCCUGUGCUGCAGACUUCAGUGAUAGUCAGUCCCCAGCGGAGAACGUGGCUGUCAGGCUCCCUCGGAAGAAAAGCAAGGGAAAAGUCAAAGUGCGCAGAGCAAGCAUUUCGGAGCCCAGUGACACAGAACAUGAGCCCCAGACUUUACCUCUCUCUGCUGGCCUGGUUCUACAGCAUCAGAAGGAGAUGAAGCGCUUGGACAGCUUCAGAGAUCGCUUUGGUGUUGACUGGCUGCAGUACAAGAGACACCUGGAGGAGCAUGACCAAGUACCUGUCAUCUGCCGUAGCCAUUCUGCAGAUGAGAUAGCAGGUAGAGCUGCUGCAGUGGACUUGCAGAGUGAGAGCUCUGACUCAGAGCAAGGAAGACCCCAAGUAUCCCAGAAAGAAUCCUCUCCUCCUCUGGAUGAUACUGAGAAGGAGGAAGAGCCUGAAGUACAGCUGGAUGAGCCUGAGGAAGGAGAACAGAGAGAAGAGGAGGCAGAUGAGCUAAUGCUGGGGGAGGAAGAAGAGGAGAAGCCAGAAGUGGACCUCUGCCAGCCGGUGCUGGUGAGCCAAAUAGAAGGUGAAGGGGACCCAGAGCCAGACUGGAUCUUCCUGCGAGUCACAGCUAAGCAUGUGAUUGAGGUGGAACUGAAGGCUGCCAGAGUCCUCCACAAGCUGGAGCUGAAAUGCCUGCAGAAGGUGGAGACCUCCAAGAUGAACUGGAAGAGGAUGGACAUGGAGCAAGUUUUCCCUGUCCUCACAUUGCAUUUCAGCUACAUUCGCAAGGACCGGCAGAAGCGCAAAUAUGUGGUGCUCGAUGACUGCCCGGAGCAGUGUCUGCAGUGUGUCCUUGAAGUGUUGACCCCAGCUGUUGAGGAGAAUCGGCAAAAUAAGGACCAGGAGAAAGGAUCCACAAAGCUCCAGUGCCUGAAGUGUAAGCAGGAGUUCUCACAGUCCCUGGCUCCCUGGCAGCAAGGCCCCUAUCCUUCAGAGGUUGGAGAUGCCAAAAUCCUGGAAACCCUAGUUGCCUCAAAUCAAGGUGCUGCAGCAGCUGGUGAGCCCAUAGCCUGUCCCAGUUGUUCCAGUGACCAUGUGGUCAUCCUGCCCUCAGAGGUGUGCUUCAGCACACCUUUGCCAGCUGGCCCUGACAGCAUGAGUGAGGACCUGUCAGACUCUGUCCUGGAGGGAGGCAGCCAGCAAGAGGGCCCAGAGGAAGCACCUGUCCUGGCCAGUGAGAGUGGGAAGUUCUACAUCGGCGGGGAGGACAGCUCAGAGAUGGAUACCAGCAAUAGCACCAGGACCCCGGAGCUGAGUGGCGAGCAUGACGGCACUCUCCAUUCCAGCUCCCGCAGCUCAGAUGGGGGCUGCGGGAAGAAGGAGCUGGGCACAAAGAGCCAGUACUUGUCCCUCAGCCACACGGACACCAAUGGGGGCAGCUUGAUGGGGAGCUACCGUUACAGCGGUUCUCGUGGGCCUACUCCUUCCCAGCUUUCUUUGAACUCCGAGUCUGAGGAAACGUGGAAUCUCAGUCCCUCUGUAAAUGGCAUCCUGAACACGAGGGACUUCCGUUCUGUGGAUCAUCGCCUGAAGCUGUACUUGGAUAUGGAGGUUUUUGAGGAGAACGCUGAGGAGUUCCAGUGCUUCCUCAAGGUGGUCAUGGUGAAGUUUGGCCGACAAGGAGAGUUUCUCUCAAUCCUGGUUGCCUCUGAUCUCAAGAUUUACGUGCUGGAAGUCACUGGUGUUAUCAGGGGACAACCUGCAGACUGGCUGAAGAAGAAUGACUCUCACUACCUGGCUGAUAUUUCCCAUCUGGAAGUGGGACUCUGCCACCAGAGUUUGCGAAUGGAGUUUGAGAACCCAAAAGCCUCCUACAAUCUGCUGAUCCGGAACCAAAGCUGCUGCGACCAGUUUCUGCAGACCCUGACAUAUCUCAUGCAAGAGCUGCCUGCUAAGCACAGGAGUAAGGUGAAGGAAAUUUCCACUGUGGAAAUGAAUCCACAACAUUGGCUAUGGCCUCUGCUGGACUCCAAGACCACAGAUUCUGCAGCUGCAGAUGACACUUGUUUCUUCUAUGUGCUGGCCUACCUGAUCCAAGGGGCAUCUGCUUUCCCUGUGACCCUGCUGAGCACCCGAAGCAUGCUGUUUCUGCUGGAGGAGAAUCACCAGUGGCAGGUGCAUCCCUCCUUGGAUGAAGACCAUGAGGCAGAAGCACCUCCUAGGAGCAAUGUCCAGUUGAAGGAGAAGCAGCCGAUCAGCAGUAUUAGCAAUGUCAUAACCUAUCGCCUCUGUCCUUGUGAUAUCAAGCUGAUGCUUUAUGAUGAGGUGCUGAAGGUGGAGAGCACUUGGCACAUCCGCACAGAGUGCCCUGAGCUCCUGGCAGAGCUGGUGGAGUGGAUCCGCGGGCCCUGGGAGGAGAUGUUUUCCAUUGAGCUACGCAAGGCUGUGUACGAGGGACUGGAGUGAGCUUGCCGGCUCCCACCUGCAGGCGGGACUUGGAGUCAAGAGUGCUGAUGUGCUGGCAAUGGUGCACAGGUGUCUCUCACUCCCAUCUGACCUUGCUGUCCUGUGGCCUCUGCUUUCUACUCUGCUCUUGCCCUGGCCCUUUUUGGUGAGGAGGAGGGAAGCACACAAUGGUCCAGACUGAACAGUCACUCACUUGCACUGGGCUGGCCAUGGGAGGAGGAGGAGGUGGAGGGUGUUUCCUGUAAUACUGCAUAAGCUACACAGAGUUUUAACUUGGCAGUGUCUGCUAGUCUCCUUCAGGGUCCUAUGGAAUGUCACUGAAGGAAGAGGGGAGCCAGGCCAGGGCAUGUUCAGUGGGACAUGCAGUGGUACUAGGCAAACAGCAGGCCAGAGGCAGCUGGGUGCUGCAGUCUUUCUAGGAGGUGUAUUUGCUGCCUUCCUAGCUGUCUCAGAACAGCUGCCGUUAUCUGCUGCUGAUUUUUUUUUUUUUUUCUUUUCCUCCCCCUCCCUAUUGUCCACGGCUUUCCUAAAGCUGCCUGCUUCAAACAGGAGCCUGAUUGCACAAGGGGACGAGGCGUGUUGCACUAAUAACCCCACGGAGAGCCCUUACCCACCUGCCUGGCGGGGCACGGCUCUGCUGCUGUAGUCUUUCGCUGUCACUGGGGAGGGAGGAGCUGUGAGGCUCUUAGCACAGAAAUGUGUUGCUCAUCGCUUAGGGGUCAGGACCCUGGUGGGCACUGGCAGGUAAAAGUGAGGCUUAGGCUUUUCUGAGCAGUCCAAAAGCAAGAGUCUAUUUUAACAUGAGUUUUACUAUUUUCUAUUGUAAUAAAAGCUUAUAUUUA